ACAGCCCCGUCACGUGAACAUGGCCUCGGCCACUCGCCCGGCCGUUUGUCCUCGUCUAAGGGAGUGAGGCUUAAGGGCGCAGCGAACGGCCAGGGCGACGGGAGGGAGAGACCACCUGCGGCCCUGGGGUGGGUGCGGGGGCGCGGAGACGGAGAGAGUGGGGUGGAGGUUGUGGGGGGGGAGGAAAGGAAAAGGAAAGGAACCCGGACGUGUUCCCCUCCGCUGGCCAAAGAGUAACAGCCCCCUUCUCCGUCUCCGCCCACUUCCUUUCCUCGCGCCCUUCCACUUCCGCACGGCGAGCCUGCUGGCCGGCCUGCUUGUCUUCCGUCGCCUCCGCCUCCUCCUCCCCUCCCCUUCGACCUGAGGCUGCGGAGCUGGAAGAGAGACGUAAGAGAAGAAGGGAGGGAGACGGAGGGGGGCCGGGAAAAGAAACCCCCUCGCCAGCAACCCGAGGGCACGGCCAAGCGAGGGAGCGCGUGCCCCCCCGCCCGGGCCAAGGCAGGGAUUAAAGACACAGGAGCCUUCAUGGAUAUAGUUGACACAUUUAACCAUUUAAUUCCUACUGAACACUUAGAUGAUGCCCUAUUUCUAGGAUCCAACCUGGAGAAUGAAGUCUGUGAGGAUUUUAGUACAAGUCAAAAUGUCUUAGAGGAUUCGCUGAAGAACAUGCUCAGUGAUAAGGACCCUAUGCUAGGAUCUGCAAGUGCUCAGUUCUGUUUGCCUGUUUUGGAUAGCACUGAUCCCAAUUUCCAGAUGCCUUGUUCAACAGUUGUUGGACUUGAUGAUAUUAUGGAUGAAGGAGCUAAAGAAUCUGCCCACAGUACAACUGAUGAAGAUGAUCUUUCAUCUAACAGGAAAUUGAGGGACCAAAUGGACGGCACUACACUCAAAUCACCAAGAAAGUCUCCACGUUUAAUGACACAAGAACCAGCACGGAGUUUGAGACAAAGCACGCUAGCCAAGCGUUCAAAUGCUUCUCCACCUGUUCCCACAAAGAAGUCAGCUGUGAAAUCUGGAUCUGCCCAAAAGGGAGGACUGAAACAGCCGGAUAGGGGUCAGACAAAACAGGAAGAUGGUGUUGCUAAAGGCCAUUCAAAAGAAGUAGAGCACAAGAGUGCUGAACCCUGCCAGCAACAAGAAGCAUCCAAAGUAACACCACUGACUUCAGCUGAUUCAGAACAGGUCAAGAGUUGCAAAGAUUCACCUGAAGCAGAAGCAGAUUCUGCACAGGAAUCUCCUAAUAAAGACAAAGCAAGAGCUGCUGCUUAUGAAGCAGGAGAUUCAUCUCACUUACCAGAGACUAGUUCCCCAGCCAAAGAAUCAGAAAGUGGCACAGAAGCUGUUUUAGAAAAGGAACAUGGUUGCAUGUCUGAGGAAGUGACAGUAUCUAUUUCUGGAGAGUCAGUUAAAGUACAAAAUAAUUCAUUCAUUAAAAAUGAAGAGGAUACGUCUGUGGUUGAGGAAAAAAUGGACCAUAAAACUGUUGAAGAGCAGAGUGAAGCAAAGAUGGAUGGUGAAAAAAAGGAAAUUGGAAUGGUUCCUAUUCCUGUUGUUACCAGAGCUGAUGCAAAUGCAAGUGGAAUUCAGGAAAACCUUAUAAUUCAUUCUGACAUUGCAGAGGAAAAGGCUGGAUUCAGUUCUGGAUUACAGAAUAGUGCAGAUAUUGUUAGUAAAAUCAGCUUGCCAGGAGAAGAAAAGCAAGAAUCUCUUGAGGAUGCUAAAAAGACAGAGUUGAAAGAUGAUUCCCCUUUAGGUGGUAGUAUGGAGUUGAAAGUUUCUUCUCCUUUAGGUAGUAGCGUGGGACUUAAUCAGAUCCAUUCAAAAAAUGAUACUUUUUCUACAGAAUCAGAAACAAAUACUUCAGAAGACAUUACAGUUCAAGACAUUCCAGCCCAAGGUAAACAUCAGGAGGCAAACAUUGAAAAAACAGGAGAGCAUGAGACUGGCGGGUUGCAAGAGGAUGGGGUCUCUGGCAUUUCAUCAAAAUGUGUAAAAAAUGUUAAGACCAAACAUGCCAAGGACAAGAAAAAUAAAAAUCAAUUAACCCAACAAAAACUAGUUCUUGAAGACCAAGAGGUUCCUGCUAAAAGAAAAAUUCUUCCGGGUGUUCACAGACACUCUUCAGUAAAUCUGAAGCGCCAUGCAGAGGAGCAAGGGGAUCUUCAGCAUUUUCACAAACCAGUGAAAGCUAAGAAAAAAAAUGUAGACAAGGAUGUGAAGAUCCAAAGCUGUGAUUCCGGAAUAACCCUAAAAAAGCAAUCCCAUGUCUUAGGGAGACAUGUUCCACGGGUCCAUAGCCCGGCACAUGUACGGAAAAUGUCAACAGAGCAAAUAGUUGACAGGUCCUCUAGCCAUGAUGGCGGCUCAAAAGAAGCCAUGCACAUAACAUCAGGGCCAGUGCAUCACAAACAAGGGCACUUGUCACACCACAACCAGAAACAAUUUCAGAAACAUCAGCUUCCCAAAACAAAUAACUGUGUUAAGGAAGAAGGUGGGAAAAAAGAUACCGUGGGAGUUUCUGUUGAUUCUUUGAAAGAGGAUGAAAAAGAAAAACUGAAGCUUAGAAAAUUGGAAAAGAAUCUUCAACCUCGGCAGAGGAGAAGCAGCAAAAGCCUUUCAUUUGAUGAGCCACCAUUAUUCAUUCCAGAUAACAUUUCUUCUAUUAAAAAAGAGAGCUCAGAACAUCUCUCUCCCAGUGAAAGCAAAAGUCCCUGGGUACCUAGUAAACAUUGUGGGUUUUGUCGAAAGCCACAUGGCAACAGAUUCAUGGUAGGCUGUGGUAGGUGUGAUGACUGGUUUCAUGGUGAUUGUGUCGGUUUAAGCCUUUUUCAAGCUCAACAAAUGGGAGAGGAAGACAAAGAAUAUGUAUGUGUGAAAUGUUGUGCAGAAGAAGACAAAAAACCAGACGUGGUUGAUCAGAAUAUUUUGGAUGCACAAGUGAAACUGGAAACAACUAGAGAGGGUAAAAUAAUGGAAUUUGAGAAGCCAGGAGCAUCAAAGCAAACCUCCGCGUUCCCUCAAAAUAAAAUAAAGCAGGGAGAAGAUUCUUCGAAACACAAAGUCAAAAUUUUUAAACGGGAAUCUGGUGAUGGAAGAGCCUUACCAGAAUGCAAAGAAUCUGAAACGAGAAAAGGCCAGCCAGUUCCUAUUAGGAAAACAGGGCAGACAAUCCCAGUUCCUCGGAGAUCUUCUGAAGACAAACAUGAAAAAACAAAUAAAGACAGUCUUAAUGUUUCUUAUUCCAGUGAAAGCACAACAAAGCCAGGUAUUCAGGAUAAACAGGAAGUCAAGAAGAAGAGAACAGAAAAAGGGGGAACGGCUAGUAAUGUACAUCCACCUCCAGCCUCCGCAUCCAAACCUUCUGCUGAUCAGAUAAGACAAAGUGUUAGACAGUCAUUCAAAGAAAUCCUGGAGAAAAGACUUUUAGACUCCACAUUGAAGAUUCCUGAAGAAAGAGCAGCCAGAGUAGCAACUAAGAUUGAAAAAGAACUGUUUUCCUUCUUUCGGGAUACUGAUUCAAAGUAUAAGAAUAAAUACAGGAGCUUGAUAUUCAAUCUGAAAGAUCCCAAGAACAAAAUAUUAUUUAAAAGAGUCUUGAAAGGUGAAGUUACUCCAGAUCAUCUCAUAAGAAUGAGCCCAGAAGAACUGGCUUCCAAAGAACUAGCUGCAUGGAGGAAAAGAGAAAAUAGACAUACAAUUGAAAUGAUUGAAAAAGAGCAAAGAGAAGUCGAAAGAAGGCCAAUCACAAAAAUUACACAUAAGGGAGAAAUAGAAAUCGAGAGUGAGGCUCCAGUCAAAGAGCAAGAAGUAGCUAUGGAAAUUCAGGAACCUCCUCCACUUAAGACCGUGGAGAAAAUGGAGGAGGCUGAAAAGGAUAAAGAAGUUGAUGCAUCUGCCACACCCGAUACAACAAGCCAACAUAAGCACCAUCUCUUUGAUCUUAAUUGUAAAAUUUGCACAGGUCGAAUGGCACCACCCAGUGAUGACCUUUCUGGAAAGAAUGUGAAAGUGUCAGUUGGGGUUGCUCGUAAACCCUCAGAUAACGAAGCUGAGAGCAUAGCAGAUGCACUUUCCUCAACGACAACUAUGUUGGCUUCAGAAUUAUUAGAAGAAGAUAUGGAAUUGCCAAAUACAGCACUUACCUCCACUUCAAGCUCUAGAUCAGAAACACCUGGCACUGUUGAAAGUGAAACACUCUUUCUGGCACGUCUGAGCUUCAUUUGGAAAGGCUUCAUCAACAUGCCGUCUGUUGCAAAGUUUGUUAUCAAGGCUUACCCAAUUUCUGGCUCAUUUGACACUUUAACAGAGGAUUUGCCAGAUAGUAUCCAAGUAGGUGGUAGAAUAUCACCUCAGACUGUUUGGGAAUAUGUUGACAAAAUCAAAGCCACAGGGACAAAGGAAAUCUGUGUGGUUCGUUUUACCCCUGUGACAGAAGAAGAUCAGAUUUCAUAUGCCCUGCUAUUUGCAUACUUCAGCAGCAGGAAACGUUAUGGUGUAGCAGCUAAUAACAUGAAGCAAAUCAAGGAUUUAUAUAUUAUCCCAUUAGGUGCCUCUGAUAAAAUUCCACAUCAAUUGGUGCCUUUUGAUGGUCCUGGAAUUGAAGUGCACCGACCCAACUUGUUGUUGGGGUUGAUCAUUCGCCAGAAGCUUAAAAGACAGAUCAGUGCUGCUGUUGGUCACGUUGAAGAAGGUCAUGAAAUUGUGACUCCAGAAAAGAAAAGCAAACCAAUCAAAUCUGAGGUUGUGCAUUCAGAUACAGUAGAAAAAGAGGAAGAAGAAAAUGACUUCUUUAAUUCUUUCACAGCUGUGUUGCACAAACAAAGGAUCAGGUCACAACAGAGUAGUACUGAAGAGGUAACGGCAAGUGACCCUGUUACUGAGAGCAUCAAGCUUGAACCACCAAAGCCUCUUCGGUUCCUUCCUGGAGUUUUAGUUGGGUGGGAAAAUCAAUCAUCUGCUCUCGAGCUUGCAAGUAAACCGUUACCAGUAGAUGACAUCCUUCAGAGCCUUUUGGAUACUACAGGGGAGAUGCCUGAACAUACCCAACCUGCAGUAGACCAGAUUGCUAGUGAGGAUCUACUUUUAUCAGAUAACCAUACGAAUACGCCAGAAAGAAAAAUGGACAUUCCUGGAAUAACUGCUGAAACUGAAGAAACAAAGGAUAAGAAGAACAAUUCUGAAGAUUCCAUAGACAAUAUAGUGAGUGAUACAUCAGUAGUAGAUGUCUCAUGCUCUUCGGGAAACUUCACAAGCCUCAGUCUUAAGGGGAAACCACCAGAUGUUUCUACUGAAGCAUUUUUAGCAAAGCUGACUCUUUUGUCACAAAACAAAGAAACCAAAGAGACUACAGAAAACAGCCCAACAUUGAGUGAGCCAGAUAAUGUUUCUCAGGAAGGUAAAAGGACCAUAAAUUGUCCUCUCCCAUCAAGCAUGGAGAAAGGAGUUGGGAGCAAUAACGCUGGUGUAUUGUCUGUUGAUACGAUGACAAGUAAUAGUUCAAAAUCGCCACCAUUCAUUAAUAUUAAAAGGGAUCCAAGGCAGGCUGCUGGACGAGGACAACAGAAUAGUGCUUUGGAAAAUGAAGGUGAUAGUAUUAAAAAUGAAGAAGUUAAAAAUAAUCAACAGCUGGAUGUUUUAGAAGCAGAGCAGACGAAAGCAGAUUGUAACCAGCCUUCAGGAAAUGACGUAGACUCAGAUCAGAGUGAUGGCCAAGCAUCCAAGAACGCACUGGAUUCAGUUGUCUCUAAAGCAGAUAGUGUAUGCUCCAUGGAGCUAGAUGAUGCAAAUCAGUUGCAGGAAGAAGCACUGCUGCAAAGCAUUGAGACGGUACAUUCUGUUAGAAGAGGAUUAUUGCCUUCAGCCACUUCAUCUCAGUUUGAGACUGAAAAUCCCUGCCAUACUGAAUUCAGUACCAAAAUAUCCAGUCCUGUUUCAAGUGGAAACUUCUCACCAAUCAGGACUCCACAGCCCAGUUUCCAGCACACUAAAACUAACCCACCUGGUUUUCAGUUUCAAGGGUCUAUUGCCCCUAACUUUCCUCCCCAAAGCAACCCUGUAUUUGGGUUCCCAUCUCACAUGCCACCUCCGCUCCUUCCUCCUCCAGGCUUUGGCUUUGCUCAAAACCCUUUGAUGCCUUGGCCCCCUGUGCUUCAUCUGUCCGGUCAGCCCCCACAUUUUAUUGGACCAGUUACGCCAGCACCACCCCUAGCUCACAAACAGUCAAGAUUUACAGGCCCAGAGCACUUUUAUCAAAACAAAGAUAGUAGGAGACCACAAAGGCGUCACAGUGACCCUUGGGGUCGGCCAGCCCCCCAAACAGAGAGGGCAUUCAAUAGGAGAAAAAGCGAUCAGCACAGACAAAGAUUUUACAAUGAAUCCCAUCACUCAAAAAAGGGCAGGCAUGACUGGGAACCAGAUUCUGAAAGAAAUAGGCACAGAGACAGGAACCAAGAUAAAGAGAGAGAGAGAAAAGGCAAGGAGGAAGGCUAUCGUGACAAAGAGCGGUCACGACUUUCACAUAGUGAGAAGGACUCUGAAGGCAAGUUCUCGAGAGAGAGUAGGAAUCCUGAAAAGAAGGAUGUUCCUAAAAGCGAAGAUCGUAGUUAUGAGAAGGAGAAAGAACGAGAAAAAAGUAGGGAGAGGCAUAGAGAGCGAGAUAAUGAAAAGAAUCGAGAUAGACACCACAAAGACAGGGACCAUGAGGACCGAGGGAAAAACAAAAGGUAAAAGGGGAUGGGGGUGAGGGAGGAGAUAAGAUUUUAGAUGACUAGGAAAUAAUCCAUUUUAAAUAUGUCCUAAAAUUCUGUAAAAAAUAUAUGCUUGGGUAUAAUUGUGCCAUAUAUUCAAUGUUUAGUGUUUUGUAAGAACAAGUCUGGUUUGGUACCAGUCCAUUUACCAUUUACUCAUUUUCUUUCACGUUUUGUAGACCUGCACAUAGAACUGAAUAGUUCAAAAAUUUGCGUUACUUGUAUAGUCAAGAUUCUUUUUUGAGUUUUCAUUUACAAUAAGCAGCACACUUUACAAUGCUAUAAAAGGUUCUUUGUCAAAUUUGGCUUCAUUUGAGAUAUAUGCAGCCUCUGAUGAUUCGUGCUCUCUGUUGGAAGAUGCUCCAGCUAAUUAUAAAGAUGGAGUUUAUAGCAUUUACUCUUCUACUGACUUUAUUUUGUCCUAAUGAAUAGACUCCUAAUCCACAUGGGAAUGUGACAUAUGGCAUAAGCUGAACUGUGCUAAAGGCUUACAGAAAAACACCAUGCAAAAAGAGUGAUAUUGAUCCUUGGAUAGCUCCUAUGCAUCUGAAACAAUUUGUGAGCAGAAAUUAGAAGGCUACUUGGUCCAAACCUUACUGCUUAUGGGUACACUUAUUCUAAUGGGUGGGGUUUUUUUUGUUCCACUUUUAGCCUUUAUGCUAUGAUUUGUAUUAAUUUUCAGACCAUUUCUCAUGCUUUGAAAACUUGAAUACCUAAGCUUGUACAUGAUAUUGUGUUUUACUAUCCUUUUUAUUGUAAAAUGUAAAUAUUUUAAGGGAUAUUUUGAUUCUACAAAAGAUAAAGCCUUCUCACAGCCCUUUGUUUGAUUUGUUGUGAAGCAAUAGACUAAAACAAUGUAACAGGAAGAUGUAUAAAUGUGGCUUGGCUUUACAAUUUAUGACUGGUGAUUUUUAAUGACCCUAGGGUUUUUAAUAAAUAGAUCAGUAAAAA